AUGGAAAUAGGAGGCAAUAUCUACCAUCGCAGCUCCCCGCAAUUGCGACUCGGCCGCCCUACCACUACCACGUCGCUGCCUGGUCGUAGCGUCCUCAUCUCCACGUCCUCCCUUGUGCCAGGCAGCAGCUACACAAAAGCCGGUUAUGACGACGUGAUCGGAUUUGGCCUACACCAAGGUGCCACGAAUGAGCAGCUUCGCGCCAUCCAGCUAUGGGCCGGUCAGCUACGCCUCAACUCACCCGUCUCAGUCACAGGACGCUCGCCGCACUUUGCAGACACUCGCGUCGGCUCCUCCCUACCAGCCAAGCUCACUGCAACCUUCAGUGAAGAGCUCGAUGCCAGCCGCGGCCUGGUGGCGCUCAGCCAGGAUAUGACUCCCCGAAACAUCUACGGCCCCUGCGGCGCGCGAAAAUCGGCCGAUCUCUACAACCCCUCUGUAGGCAACAUCGAAUCCUCCGUGAAAGACUUUAACUUCACAACAUUCGAGUUCUAUGUUUCUCCCCAGCCUAAUGGCCUCUUGCCCCUUGCUGGUAAAGGGCCGUCAAUACCCCAGUGCAUGAUGAACCGGUUUAGCUUCAAGACGCCCUUUAAGACGCCCUUCAAGACACCCUUCAAAUUGGAAAAGAACCACAAGUGUAGGGUCUGCCACAAGGAUUUUCGGCGUCCGUCUUCACUGCAGAUGCACUCUUACAGACACACCGGCGAGAAGCGUGAGUAA